UGAGACCAGUAGUACGUACGUAGUUGUUUUUAACUUUUUGCAUCGGCUACACCACACACUGAAGUUCGACAGAACUUUAAGACUUCUUCAGCGCCUUACUAAAUACUAGUGGGAAGUAUAUGUUUGGUUACUCAUUAUACCAAAACCUGUUGCUAGAAAUAUUCGAACAUGACUGAAUUACAACGACAGUUGUCGGACAGGGCAACGUCUGCAGAGGGUCAUGCAGCCAAAUCAGGUAUGGGUGGCAUUGGAGACGAUCGCUGGGUUGAAAUUCAGAGAAACACUUUCACCAACUGGAUGAACGAGCAGUUAAAACCAACUGGCAAGAAAGUCGAGGACAUCUCCGAGGAUUUAGAGAAUGGACUGCUUUUGAUCUCGCUGACGGAAAGUUUAAUCGAAACUCGCGGGGGAGCUCUGCAACCAACGAGGCGGGGAAGUCGCUACAGUAAAAAUCCAACAAAUCGUAUUCAGAAAAUGGAAAACGUAUCAUAUGCCCUGUCACUGAUGGAGAAAGAAGGCAUCAAGCUGGUCAAUAUAGGCAAUGAAGACGUUGUUGAUGGCAAAUUAAAGUUAAUUUUAGGACUAUUAUGGAAAAUGAUUUUAAAAUACCAAAUCAGCGGGUCAGAUGGUGCCAGGACGGUAAAAGUGCCACCGAAGAAACUAAUGAUGGAGUGGAUACGGGCAGUAUUACCAGACCUAAAUAUCAAGAACUUCUCUUCUGAUUGGACAGAUGGGGUUGCACUCAGUGCUCUGAUUGAACACUGUCAACCAGGCUUGUGUCCAAAUUGGAAGUCCUUGGAUCGCAGUAAUAGACUUGAUAACUGUUCUAAUGCCAUGAAGCUAGGCAAAGAACACUUUGACAUUCCAUUAGUGUUAUCACCAGAAGACAUGUCUAGUGGACACAUAGAUGAACUCAGUGGAAUGACCUAUCUUUCUUAUUAUCUGAAAAAAGAAGGCCCUGGUUGGUUUGCUACUUUGAAUUGGGUUAGAAAGAAAGUACCAGAGUUAAAUGUACAAAACUUUCAGUCUGACUGGAAUGAUGGUGUUACCCUGUGUGCCCUUGCCAAUUCAUGUGGAGGAGUCUGCCCAGAAUGGUCUUCAUUAGAUAGGGAAAACCCCAUUGGAAACUGCCAAACAGGUAUUGAAGCAUCCAAGAAGUUGCAACUAACGCCUCUUCUGACAGCCCAAGAACUAGCCAAUCCAGAAGUGGAUGAACUCGCUAUCAUGGCAUAUGCUGCAAGUUUUCGUCACGCUCAGAGACCUGCACCAAAGUAUGCUGAGUUAGUAGAUAUAAGUCUUGCAGGUAUUGCUAUCAGUAAAGAAGACAAUGAAACUGGAGUCAGAAUAGCUACUGUUGGAAAGCCAGUGUCCUUUGCUGUUGCUCUUUUGGAUAAAAAUGCUAAGAUUAAAGAUAUUGCAGCAGUCGUGGAGGGACCCACAAAAUCCUGCCCGGUGAAAGUCGAUAUGAAUCAAGAUAUUGCCAACAAAGGCGUAGUGACAUUCACACCAUCUGAGAUUGGUAGACAUAAGGUGACUGUCUAUGUUGAGGGUAAUUUAGCACGUGGUACUCCAUUUGACAUCAUGGUGAAACCAGACACUACACCUAAACCUAACAAAGUACAUAUUACUGGUGGUGAGGCGGUGGUUGUAGGAGAUGUAGCAAUAUACACAAUUGAUGCAAGUGAAGCCGGGGAUGGAUCUUUGGAGGUAACCGCUGGCAACGGGUAUGAGAAAUGCCCAGUUACUAUCACACAGAAUGGUAAGAAUUACACUGUAACUGUCAAACCUAAAGAAGCAGGAUCACAUGUGGUAAACGUCAAAUGGGCGGGUCAAAAUAUAACAGGAUCACCAUUCAGCUUUAUGGCUAUGAGACGUGAAGACCCAGUGAAACUGGAAGUAGUUGAUGCGGGUAAGGUAACAACACACGGUGACGGAUUGCACAACGGUCAGGAAGGACAACCAGCGUCAUUCACUGUAGAUCCAAGGAUGGCUGGAAAAGGAGAUUUAAAUGUACAGGUGGAAGGACCAAAUUCUAUUGCUAAAUGCAGUGUGGAUCCUAAUGCUGAUGGCACAUAUAAGGUGACAUAUGUUCCUGUGGAAACUGGAAUGUUUACCAUCAAGGUUCUCUGGGCAACAAACGAUGUUCAAGGAAGUCCAUUUCAUCCAAAGAUAAUUGAUCCAAGGAAAGUACGAUGUGUCAAUGACAAAGUACCAGCGAUGGAUUCAAGUGGGUGUAUUAUAUUGACUGUGGGCAGGAAAUACAGUAUGCCACUGGAAUGUUUUGAAGCGGGCCCAGGUGCUUUAUCAGCUGAGGUUCAGAGUCCAAAUGGAACAAAACGACCAAUGAAUCUUGACAAGAGAAGUGAUGGCACAUAUGAUGCAUCAUUUGUACCUGAUGAAGAAGGUGAGCAUUUACUGCAUUUGUAUUGGUCUGGGCUUCCAACCAAGAACUCACCGUAUAAAGCCAUGGCCUCUCGUGAAGUACUACCAAUAGAUCACUCCAAAGUUUUGUGUUCAGGCAAAGGAUUGAAAUAUGGUAGAGUAAACGAUGAGAGUGAAUUCAUAAUUGAUGGCUCACUGGCUGGACCAGGUGAACCCAGAUGUACAAUGAGUGGACUAAAAGGCGAUGUCCCAAUCACGAUUACACCGAUUGGUAAUGAUGUACACAGAGCAAAGUACACACCACUAGUUGCAGGUGCCUAUUUAUUGCAUUUAACGUGGUCGGACAGACAGGUCGAAGGAUCUCCAUUUAAAGUGUCUGUGGCGCAGACGGCGAAUGCUGGUAAAGUUGUUGUCACUGGUGCUGGUGUCCGGGAAGGAAUCGUAGGUCAGCCUGUCAGAGCUGUCAUAGACACUAAAGAUGCUGGACCAGGUCAAUUAACAGCACGUUGUAUGGGACCUCGUAACAUUACAGAUGUCGAUGUUAUUGAUAACCAUGAUGGCACCUUCACAAUGUCACUACGACCUGAAGAACCGGGAAGACAUAUGUUAGAAAUCAAAUAUGGAGGAGACCAUAUCAAUGGGAGUCCAUUUAUUGUUCGUGUCGCUGGACCUCCAGAUGCAACUAAAGUGAAGUGUUUUGGAACAGGAAUGGAGCAUGGUAUCCUAGCAACAUAUAAUGGUAGAUUUGUGUGUGAAACAAGGGGUGCUGGCGCAGGACAACUAAAAGUUAGAAUUCAUGGACCAAAAGGUGCCUUCAAAGUGGAAAUGACGAGAGACAAUCAGAAAGAUCGAACAAUUUUAGUGAAAUACAAUCCAACCGAAGUCGGAGAAUACACUCUAUCGGUGCGGUGGUCUGACAAACACAUACCAGGAAGUCCAUUUGAAAUAAAGAUCGUAGACACGCAAGAAGAGCUAGAAGAAGUAAAAAGACGCUUCCCAUUAACCAGCAGUAUUUCUAAUGAUCAAAAUGGUUGGCAAGAAGAAAUUUAA